GCAAACCAAAUCUAAACAAACGCACCGCUUUCUUGUAACAGUUGUAGUACUAAUGCGGUAUAACAUAACAGCAGUGAACUAAGCAGCGACAACAUGUUUAAUAAUACAUUUCAAAGUGGAUUCCUCUCCAUUUUAUACAGCGUCGGGAGCAAACCGCUCCAGAUCUGGGAUAAAAAGGUGAGGAAUGGUCACAUCAAGCGAAUUAUGGACGACGACAUCCACUCGUUGGCGUUGGAGGUUGAGGGGGCGAAUGUCAGUACCACGUAUAUAACAUGUCCUGCAGGCCCCAAGAUGACAUUGGGCAUCAAACUUCCUGUUCUAGUGAUGAUUGUCAAAAAUCUGAAGAAGUAUUUCACCUUUGAAGUCCAGGUGUUAGACGAUAAAAACAAUCGCCGGCGGUUUCGGGCGAGCACCUAUCAAAGCACGACACGAGUAAAGACGUUUUUCUGCACCAUGCCUAUGAGGCUGGAUGAUGGCUGGAACCAGAUUCAGUUCAACCUGCAAGACUUCACUAGGAGGGCCUACGGCACCAAUUACAUCCAGACGCUGCGCAUGCAGAUACACGCUAACUGUCGAAUAAGGAGAGUGUACUUCUCGGACAGAAUGUACUCCGACGACGAGCUCCCGGCUGAGUUCAAACUCUACCGGCCGGCCCAGAACCCAAAGGAGAAGAAGACCUUCCCAUCCUGAACAAAUCCUCCAGACCUGAUGUGGAGAGUUACUCUUAAGACUUUUUUCCUGUAUUAAUAAACAUUUUGUAAUUCGGAA